AUGGGUGGUCAUCUCGACCCAAAGCAUGGCGUUUUCCUCGGUGGAUGGGGUAACAUGGGUGUUGCCACCCCAAUGAAGGGUAUCACUACCUACUCUCUCUCUCAGAACCGUCAGAGACCAACUGCCGGCAUGCUCUACAACGCCUUCUUCAACACCUACCGACGAUCCAAGGCCCAGGUUCUCUACGUUCUCCCUCCAUUCAUUGCUGCCUAUAUGCUCAUGGACUGGGCCACCAAGAAGAACGAGUACCUCAUGUCCAAGCCUGGUCGUCUCGCCCACGGUGGUGACGAGGAGUAA